AUGCAUAACCGAGUCACGUUCUACAAACCCCUGCAACGGCAGCCAUUGUCGGGCCGAAUUGGGGAGCUGAUGCCGCUGGGGACGCACCCACUCCUCUGCUUCAACCCGGACACGGUGCGCCGUAUGUGUAGCCGCUAUGGAGUCCGUGUCGAUGACGUGGUCGCUGCGCUGCGUGACGCGAGCGGCGACAUCAACCUUGCCACGGAGCUGCUUGAGCAGCGACUGGACAUCGAGGUAGGCUUCGGCAGCUACGGUCUCGUCUGCUUGGAGUCGUACGCGCCGGAGACGUUUUGCUUGGUAUCGUACAACUUGCCGACAUUUGCCUCUACGCAAGCCGAUGAGGUGCUGGAUGCAAUUCAUGAGCUGACGCUGUCAGCGGCGGAGCUCCCGCUGGACACCCCACGCGACAGGCUCGUGGACAAGUUUAUCAACCACUGGACGACAGAGGACGACGUUCCAUGCGGGGAAAUGCUUCGAGCGUACGACAUCACGGUACAGAACAUCCUGCUGUUGCCGUUCGGCGACUACGGCGUUCAGGGCUUUCACGUGUUACGGCCUGUAAAGAAGGAGACGCCGAACAUAGGCGUGGCGGCCGCGGCUUGCUGCAUGGAUUUGCGCACUGGCAUUCACAAUCGAUUCCGGUUCCAUGUUGAGCGCAUCGCCGACUCUGUCAGCGAGCACGUGGUGCAGGAGAUGCUGCACUACAACCAGGGUGUUCACCUGCUACGCCAGCCGUACUGGUUCCGACCAGAAUAUAGCGUGGAGGAGUUCAUCCGCUUCAAGGAGUCGCUGCUGCAACCGAGUGCGUCGACGUUUGAGAUGCGGUAUGCAUUUUUGUUCGCAUCACAGUAUGGGCUUCCCCACUACCGCAACAUCGUCGAAAUGGAGAAGCUGAAGAUUGCGCAGCACAAGUAUGAGAAGCACUACGAGGACUUCACCGCACCAGGGAAGUGGCUGACAAGCGACAACGCCCAGCUGCAGACAGUGGCGGCCGGCAGCGGCGGGUCGAACGUGCCGGGGGGCGCUAUGCACAACCACAUGAAUGACCCUGAGUCCAUUCGAACAGCAAUGGAGACCCGCACCGGUCCACUGCGACGGACGCUUGCACAGUCGAUGCAAGCGCACGGGGACCGCGUCUUUAGUCGCUUUUAUCGGAAAAACAUUCACUGA